AUGCCACCCUUCCUCCCCCGCAAGCGCGUAUCCUCUGAGGACCCGCCCCCGGCCAAGCGCCAGGCGGGGCCCGAUAGUUCUCAAGCUCCCCAAGCUCCCCAAGCUCCCCAAGCUCCCCAAGCUCCCCAAGCUCCCCAAGCUCCCCAAGCUCCCCAAGCUCCGUUCCACCUCUCCGACUCCGACUCCGAUUCCAACUCCUUGAGCGACGCACCUGAAGGUCUUCUCAAUAAGGACAAUGCCCCUCACGCGUCCGAAGAAUCCGAAGAUGAAGAAGAGGAUAUUGACUGGGAGGAUGCGAUCGACACAACCAGCGCCACUACACCUACCAUCGCAGCCCCGGAGCUACAGGACCUAGAAUUGACCCUGGAUCAAAAUGAGACACACGUGUCUGAUCUUCUGGAUGGUAAAAAAGGGCCUAGUAAGAUCGAACGCCAAAUUCGGAUCCAGACACACUGUAUGCAUGUCCAAUGCUUACUUUUCCACAACGCUAUCCGUAAUGCCUGGAGCAAUGAUUCCAAAGUCCAUGAGAUCCUGCGCAAAAAGCUACCGGAAGGGAUUCACAAAGAAGUCAAGAAAUGGCGCAUAGCAUCGGGCCUAGAACUCCCAGAGCCAAAACCAGAACCCCCCAAGGGUAAGAAGAAGGGCAAAAAGGCCCAGAAGAAUAAAGACUGGAGCGAUGAGUCGGAGCGACUGGAACCAGGCCAGCCGGAUAUGAGCCGUGGCGAUCCAAUCAUUACAUUGAUUAAGGUGCUGGUCGCAUACUGGAGGAGGCAAUUUCGCAUUACGGCCCCAGGACUGCGAAAGUAUGGCUACCGACCGGUAUCUGCUCUUGAAACUGCAAUCACCGAAUUUCGCGAGGAAGAACAUGACCCAGAGCGCCAUGGUGAGCGUAUUGCCAACCUCGACGAGUUCCGCGCGACCGCCGAGAGUAUGCAGGGCUCGCGGGACGUCGGCGCACAGCUUUUCACGGCUCUCGUUCGUGGUCUAGGUAUUGAGGCCAGACUCGUGGGUAGUCUACAGCCGCUGGGCUUUGGCUGGACCAAGGGAGAGACCUAUACACCUCCCACACCUCCCAACGCGGAUGGGGACCCCGAGAAUGAAGGGGAGUCGGAAGGAUCCGAGCCUGAGACUGAUGCAGCUGAAAAUAAAGUAUCGGCGAAGAACAAGCGCAAACAGUUUGACAAGGAUCUGCCAUUUCCUAUCUACUGGACCGAAGUUGCCUCACCCGUCACGAAUGAGAUUAUAUCUGUCGACCCGCUUGUACUUUCCAACCCCGUGGCGCCAUUUGCGGAUACAGAUCUACAAGCAAACUUCGAGCCACGCGGUGCAAAGGCAGACCGGGCCAAGCAAGUCAUAUGCUACGUUGUCGCCCAUUCGUCAGAUGGUACUGCUAAAGAGGUCACCACAAGAUACCUCCGGCGGCGGACCUGGCCCGGCAAAACCAAGGGUUUCCGAAUACCCCUGGAAAAAGUACCUGUGGGUGCAAAGGGGCACUACAUCGCCUUCGACUGGUUUGGGAUGGUAAUGCGCGGGUAUCAGCGAGCGCGCAAGAGCAAAACAGCAGUCGACAAACUCGAAGAAACCCGAGAUCUACAACCCAACCAACCCGAAAAGAAGAAAACAACCCAAACAGUUGACACCCUCCAAAGCCUCCGAACCUCCACCGAGUUCGUCUUAGAGCGCUUCCUCCGCCGUGAAGAAGCCCUCCGCCCCGGCGCCGAACCCGUCCGAACCUUCAUCGCUGGAAAAGGCGCGCGUGCCAAAGAAGAGUCAGUCUUCCGACGAGCAGACGUUUUAAAAUGCCUAUCCGCCGAAAGCUGGCACAAAGAAGGCCGCCAGACAAAACCGGGCGCCGUAGCCCUCAAGCGCGUACCCAUCCGUGCCGUGACGCUCAUACGCAAACGCGAAGUUGACGAACUGCACCGCCAGACCGGCGAGAAACCACUGCAGGGUCUGUACGCGCGCGACCAGACAGAGUACAUCAUCCCGCCGCCUAUUCAGGACGGCCGCAUCCCCAAGAACGAAUAUGGUAAUAUCGACUGUUUUGUUCCAAGUAUGGUCCCCGCGGGCGCGGCACAUGUCCCUUUACCUGGUACCGUGCGGGUGUGUAAGAAGCUUGGAAUUGACUAUGCGGAGGCAGUGACGGGGUUCGAGUUUGGGUCGAAGAUGGCUGUGCCGGUUAUUCAGGGUGUUGUUGUUGCGGCUGAGAAUGAGGGUUUACUUAGGGAUGCUUGGAAGAUUGAGGCUGCAGAGAAGAGGAAGAGGGAGGAGCUUAAGGCCGAGAAGAAGAUUCUGCAGACGUGGAGGAAGUUUUUGUUUGGGUUACGGAUUAUGGAGCGGGUGAGAGAUGAGUAUGGGGGUGGGGAUCCGGAUGCUGAUCGGGAGCGCGAUUCACAUAAUCCUUUUGCUGUGCAGAAGAAGAAACCAAAGGAGGAAUCAGAUGAUGAUGAUAAUGAUGAUGAAGAGGAAGAAAUGCCUGAUCGGGAGUCGUCAUACAACGCGAUUGAUCAUGGUGGUGGCUUUCUUCUUCCUGGUCAUGAACAUGAUGCAGACGAUGGGUUGAUUGUCGAGCACCAUGACCAGCAGCGGAGCCAUGAAGGCCCGUCUGACACUGAUGCCGAUGACAACGACAACGACAACGAGCCAUUCGAAUCUGGAUCUCCUGCUGCAGACUCUCCGCCUGUGUCUAUCUCCUCGGGUUCAGAUAACGAGGCGGAUAAUGGCCAGGGCGAAGGCUCAGAACUUGAAUACGCACCUCGCCCGACACGACGAACGCGAGGUCGUUAA